GCCGGGGGGCGUCUACGGGGUGUUCUCGAGGCGAUUGGGGGCAUCCACAGGGCCUGGACCGAGACUGGGGCCUGCCUUCCGUCAUCUAGCUGGCCUAGGUCGUGUCUGUAGGCACUGUUGGGGCUGACCGGAGGCUGGGGUCUGUUCACAGGGUUCUGGGGCCAUCUUGAGAUAGGUACCUAGGGGUGAGGGAAGUCUGCAGAGCCAUCUAGAGCUCCUGGGGGAUUCUGUUAGGGCUGGGAAGUGUCUACACGGACUUGUCGGAGGAUGCGGCUCGUCUGCAUGGGCCUGGGGCCGUUUAACGGGCCUGGAAGUAGUAUUCAAGGGUUGAGAAGUCUUUUAGGGCUAUCCACAGGGGGUUGGAUGUGCCCACCAACGGAGGGAGGCAAAUACUGAGAUGUAAUUUUUUAAUGAAGAGGCUUGAGUGACUCUCCAGGGUCUGGGGAGUGUCUAAUGUGGAUGACAGGAGGCUGGGGGCACUUAGAAGGGCCUGGAACCAUCUCGGUGGCUUUGGGUGUGACUACCAGGGUAGGGUGUGGUAACAGAAGUACCUGGGGGUACAUCUGCCAGAAUACAGUCUCAAAGCCUGGAGAAAACAUGAAUGCCCUUUGGAGUCCAGAGAAUAAGACAAAAAAGAGUAUCGGAAAUUGUUCUCAGCUUAAAUGUACUUGCCCUUCAGAAAGUAAUUCAAAAGGAAAAUAUUUUAAAAUCCUGCGUUGUCGUGGGGCUAUAGGGAGAGUUAGAAUCGGUCCCCCUUAGUUUAGGAACAUAUAGAUAGGAUCAUCUAAGGCAGUGUUUUUCACACUCUUGACCUUGAUCUGUAGUACGAAACACAGUUUCAUUGAGACCCAGUACAUACUUACAGAGAUAUUUAAUUAAUGUCAGAGUUCCAGGAAGCAGUAUUUCCACUUACUUCUUGUGACAUACUGUGAAGAGUUUUCUACUGGUUUAUAUUAACUUUUUGUAAUAGGCUGUUUUGUGAAGCACUCAACUACCCUCAGUCCCUGUCAUUUGGGAAACACUGAUCUAGAGAGACCUAGCAGUGUCUGCAGGGCCUUUGGAUGUCUAAGGGGCUGUGGGUGGGUCUGCAGAGCCUGGGUCUUGUCUACACAAGCAAGGGAGCAUCUUUGAACACUGCAGAGGGCUGGUGGGCCCUGGAAGUCUGGAGUCAGCCGAGCUUCGUUGUGACAAUCACUGUUCCAGGCAGCAUAGACUUCCCUGAAAAGUGCUGGAGAGCAGCUCUGGGCUGGGAGCUGUCCACAGGGGCUGAAGGGAUUGAUGCAUAUUGAGGAAGGAGGCUUGUGUCUUUGUAAAAGGCCAGGGUAGAGGAGCGGUGGAGAACAUCUCUAUAGCAGGUAGCCUUGCUUAUAGGGGCCAGGGAAGAGCCUGCAGUCUUAGAGCACUGGGAGAAUCAAUGUGGGGGCUUGGGAUCGCUUGGAAAUCUAUUGGGAGUGAGACUAGGGCAGGAAGUCUUUUCAUUGCAGGUGUGCAGCUGGGGGGAGUGGGGAGACAGGCUGUAAGGGGAAGCCUGACCUUGACUUAACAGUGAUCAGUACUGUAACUCCAUAUUGAACACCUCAGAUGUGCCAAGUAUGUGGCAGGGGUCAGUUUUGUUUAGAUAUUUACAGCCAUUUCUACUUAUUUUACAGAUAAGCAAGCUGAGCUGGGAGUUAGGGAUCUUGAAGUGUGCUCUGAAUUUUGCAACUGGGUGUUGUUUGCCGAGUGGCUGAUUUGACAGUUGGGAGCGCCUACCGCUGAAGUCAUUGUAUUUCCUGAACCCCUUAAUCAAGGCAUUCCCCCAAGUCUGAAGGAUGAUUUUUCAACGGCUGACUGGCUAGUAAAAUCUUAGGAUUUCUGUGACCUCACCAAGGCGCCUAUAGUGCUUCCAUAGGGUGGGCCUGGGGGACAGCACACCUUCCCAAAGCAUAGCAUUUUAGUUUUAAAAGUGGCAAACUGGUCUUGCAGACCACUCUCUGAUAGUUCCACCUUAUAUUAAGUCUAUAAAUACAUUUUUCCUGGUCCCUUACUGUUGAGAAAAAUUGAUGUUUUAGGAAGCCAUGUGGGUUUGAGGCAUGGUGCCGAAUGCCUCUCAGCACACGAUUGCAUACCUCAGUUUGGGAAAGGUGGAUUUGUGGGACCGGAGAACACAGUAUUUGACAUCACAACAGAAAAACAUUUGGGUGUUGAGUUGGCUCCUUUGAGGGUGGGGGACAAGGUCUUGGAGUUUGGCUAGGUUGUAGGGGAAGCUGUGGGGACUGGGAGGAUUGUUGAGGUAGGAGUCUAGGUGGGCCCCCUUUUGACAGAAGAGGCAGCUAUAGUCCAGGGGGUGGGAAGGAAAUUGCUCUUGUUUCUCUGGAGGCACCCCUGGGCCUGGGUCUCGCUUGGGUACAGGGGGCACUGGCAGCGGGAGAAGAGGGCACCCCGCAAAUAGGAUGCUGGUUGGGGCAGCAUUGGAGGCCCACGAGCCAUUGUGUCCAGCCCCUGCUUCCACUCCGCAUGCUGCCCCUUGGCCUUCCCUCCAAAUUCUCACCACUCGACCGCCAGGUGACCAUGGAGGAGGAUGAUGAGUCUCGAGGGAAGACAGAGGAGUCGGGCGAGGAUCGGGGCGACAGUCCACCAGAUAGAGACCCCACGCUUUCUCCUUCUGCCUUUAUCCUGCGGGCCAUUCAGCAGGCAGUGGGGAGUUCCCUGCAGGGGGAGCUGUCAAAUGAGAAAGAUGGCUCCCGGUGUCAUGGCCUUGGGUGGAAGCACUGCCAGAGCCUGCAGUCAGAGCCCCGUGUUCAAGAAUCAGGGGGUACUGACACAGCUACUGUGUUGGACAUGGCUGCGGACGGCUUCCUUGCGGGGCUGGUGAACGUUCUGGAUCCCCCGGACACCUGGGUGCCCAGCCGCCUGGACCUCCAGCCUGGCGAAAGUGAGGACAUGCUGGAGCUGGUGGCCGAGGUCCAUAUUGGGGACAGGGAUCCUGUCCCUCUGUCUAUGCCCAGCCUGCUGCCCCGUCUCCAGGCCUGGAGGAUGGGCAAAACAGUUUCUCCGCAGUCCCAUGUGUCUCGACCCACCUGUGCCCGUCAUCUCCUCACCUUGGGCACUGGAGACGGGGGCCCCGCCCCACCCCCUGCCCCUUCCUCAGCCUCUUCCUCGCCUUCCCCUUCCCCGUCAUCAUCCUCCCCUUCCCCUCCACCACCCCCACCUCCCCCCGCACCCCCAGCUCCGCCUGCUCCAAGAUUCGACAUCUACGACCCCUUCCACCCCACUGACGAAGCCUACUCCCCGCCACCUGCUCCGGAGCAGAAGUACGACCCCUUCGACCCCACCGGCUCUAACCCCAGCUCCUCAGCGGGGACACCCUCGCCAGAGGAGGAAGAGGAAGAGGAGGAAGAGGAAGAAGAGGAAGAGGAGGAGGAAGAAGGCCUGUCGCAGAGCAUCAGCCGCAUCUCAGAGACCCUGGCGGGCAUCUAUGAUGACAACAGUCUAAGCCAGGACUUCCCAGGUGACGAGAGCCCCCACCCGGACCCCCCACCCCAGCAGCCGGCUCCUGCACCGGGCACCCCACCCCAGGCAGACUCCACGCGAGCUGAUGGGGCCACCCGCCGGCGUGUCUUUGUGGUGGGGACUGAGGCGGAGGCUUGUCGUGAAGGCAAGGUCUCGGUGGAGGUGGUGACGGCCGGCAGCGCUGCCUUCCCACCACCCCUGCUGCCCCCGGCAGACUCUGAGAUUGAGGAGGGCGAGAUUGUGCAGCCUGAGGAGGAGCCCAGGCUGGCAUUAUCCUCCCUCUUCCGGCCCAGUAGCCGUGCCCGGCCCCCAGCCUCGGUGCCCCCUGUGGCCCAGCCCCCGCCACAGCUGCCUGCACCCCGGGCUCCUGAGGGCGAUGACUUCCUGUCACUGCACGCCGAGUCGGACGGCGAGGGGGCCCUGCAAGUGGACCUUGGGGAGCCGGCCCCUGCCCCGCCAGCCGCUGACAUCCGCUGGGGGGGCUUGGACCUCCGUCGAAAGAUCCUGACGCAGCGGCGUGAGCGCUACCGCCAGCGCUCGGCAUCCCCGGCCGUGCCGGCCGCCACUGCCCCCACUGGCCCACCUGCCCGCAAGAAGUCUAAGCGGGACCGCAAGCGCCACGGCGGUAGCGGUGAGGCCAAGGAGGCCACCUCAUCCUCAGCCGGCAACCAGCCUGCCACGCCCGCCCCCGCCACUGUCUGGGACUCAAAGAAGCACCGCUCCCGGGACCGCAAGCCAGGUUCCCACGCCUCGUCCUCGUCCCGCCGCCGCUCCCGCUCCCGCUCUGCCCGCCGCCGCUCCCGCUCCCGCAGUGCCGACCGCCGCCGUGGAGGCAGCCGCCGCUCCCGCUCUAGGGAGAAGCGGCGCCGGCGGCGGCGGUCAGCCUCCCCGCCACCAGCCACCUCCUCAUCCUCAUCCUCACGGCGGGAGCGGCACCGUGGCAAGCACCGGGACGGCGGCAGCAGCAAGAAGAAGAAGAAGAGGUCACGGUCACGGGGUGAGAAGCGGUCUGGGGAUGGUGCCACAGAGAAGGCCUCCAUCCUUGCUCCGCCGCCCUCGAGCUCCGCUAUGUCCGGCAGUGAGCGGGACAGCCGCCGCCGGGGAGCUGUGCCACCCUCCAUCCAGGACCUCACGGACCAUGACCUUUUCGCCAUCAAGCGGACCAUCACGGUAGGCCGGCCCGACAAGUCUGACCCCCGGGGCUCCUCUCCGGCCCCCACCUCAUCACCCAAGCGGGAGGUCCUGUAUGACUCGGAAGGACUGAGUGGCGAGGAACGGGGCGGCAAGAGCAGCGAGAGGGAUCGGCGCCGGUCCAGGGCGGCUUCCUCUUCCCGUGAGAAGGGGUCACGGCGGAAGGCGUUGGACGGGGGUGACCGGGACAGGGACAGGGACAGGUCAUCCAAGAAGGCCCGACCCUCCAAGGAGUUGGUGCCCGCCUCAGGGCCCCCGCCGAAGCCACCGGUCAGCAGUGGCUCUGGCUCGUCCUCUUCCUCCUCCUCCUGCUCCUCCCGGAAAGUGAAGCUGCAGUCCAAAGUGGCUGUACUGAUCCGGGAGGGUGUCAGCAGCACCACCCCAGCCAAGGAGGCCACAUCAGCUGGCCUGGGCUCCAUCGGCGUCAAGUUCAGCCGUGACCGUGAGAGCCGCUCGCCCUUCCUCAAGCCUGACGAGCGGGCCCCUGCUGAGGUGGCCAAAGCUGCACCAGGCAGUACCAAGCCCAAGAAGACCAAGGUCAAGGCCAAGGCUGGUGCCAAGAAAGCCAAGGGGACCAAGGGAAAGACUAAGCCAUCGAAGACCCGGAAAAAGGUGCGGAGUGGGGGGAGCAGUGGGGGUGGCGGCCCUGUGACGCUAAAGAAGUCCAAGGCGGAUAGCUGCAGCCAGGCUACUGGGGCCAAGGGUGCUGAAGAGACGUCGUGGUCUGGAGAGGAGCGGGCGACCAAGGCACCCAGCACCCCACCACCCAAGGCAGCCCCUCCACCCCCUGUGCUUACCCCCGACUCCCAGACCGUGGACAGCAGCUGCAAGACACCUGAGGUCUCCUUCUUGCCUGAAGAGGCCAGCGAGGAGGCCGGGGUUCGGGGUGGGGCUGAGGAGGAGGAGGAGGAGGAAGAAGAGGAGGAGGAAGAAGAGGAGGAAGAGCAGCAGCCUGCCACUACCACAGCCACCAGCACAGCUGCAGCUGCCCCCAGCGCUGCCCCGAGUGCGGGCUCCACCGCUGGUGACUCGGGGGCUGAGGACGGGCCAGCCACCCGUGUCUCCCAGCUGCCCACACUGCCCCCACCCAUGCCCUGGAACCUGCCGGCUGGUGUGGACUGCACCACCAGUGGCGUCUUAGCCCUCACUGCACUUCUCUUCAAAAUGGAAGAAGCCAACCUGGCCAGCCGAGCAAAGGCCCAGGAGCUGAUCCAGGCCACCAACCAGAUCCUCAGCCACAGGAAGCCCCCCUCAGGUCUGGGGGUGACCCCAGCUCCUGUGCCCACCUCUUUAGGCCUGCCACCUGGCCCCUCCAACUACCUGCUUCCUGGCAGCCUCCCCCUUGGGGGCUGCGGCUCGACCCCGCCCACCCCCACAGGGCUGGCUGCAGCAUCUGACAAGAGAGAAGGCAGCAGCAGCUCUGAGGGACGUGGGGACACAGACAAGUAUCUGAAGAAGCUGCACACGCAGGAGCGGGCAGUGGAGGAGGUGAAGCUGGCCAUCAAGCCGUACUACCAGAAGAAGGACAUCACCAAGGAGGAGUACAAGGACAUCCUGAGGAAGGCUGUCCACAAGAUCUGCCACAGCAAAAGCGGGGAGAUCAACCCGGUCAAGGUGAGCAACCUGGUGCGGGCCUACGUCCAGCGCUACCGCUACUUCCGCAAGCACGGCCGCAAGCCUGGGGACCCCCCAGGCCCCCCUCGGCCACCUAAAGAGCCGGGGCCCCCGGACAAGGGCGGCCCGGGCUUACCCCUGCCCCCUCUCUGAGGCCCCCAACGGUCCCACCCCUCACUUGCCUCUGAAAAUCUGGACAUAUUUAUGGCUCUGCCUCCCUGCUUCCUCUCCCCCGUCAGUGGGAUGAUCGGGGGAGGGUUGGUGUGGGGAAGAGGACAGCCCCUUGCCCUGCCCAGCCCCCUGCCCAUCUGCCUGCCCCCAAGCCUAUCCCCCCAUUGCCCCCACCCUCUGUUCAUGCCCCUUGCCCUGAAUUUCAUUAAAGAUUUCAUGAAAUGUUA